AUGCCUGACAGUGAGUUGAGUGACGGCGACGAGCCCACAAGCGCCAGCACUAGCGAUGCUGGUGAAUUUUAUGCCGACUACGAUGACGAAGACGAUGACGACGACGAUUCGCACGACAAUGACGGCCCCAGUGAAGAAGUCGAUGAGCAGUCUCUGCUGUGGGACGCACAGACUGCCUUGAUCGCCCAUCGGCCCUCGCUGGCAGCCAAGUACUACUCCACCGCAGCGCUCCCACCGUUUCGAUCUGCUCCGGCUUGUCUGGCUCUAGGCAACUUGCUUGCUCGUGGCUCUGGUCUUUCGCAGUCCGAAACAGACAGCGUCGCUGCCAGCCCCGUCCGGGAGAACUUGGCGAUCGAGUCGAAUGCGCCCGCCUCCCCGACGUCAUGGUUCUCUUCCUUGUUUCGAUCAGCAUCUCCACCACCCUCCCCAGCAACCGAAAAGCAGCCGCGCCGUCUAGUGACCAACGGAUGGAGUCUGCCAACGGACGGGAAGAGAGUCGUCCGCGAUGUAGAGGGGAUGGGUCGUGCGGGUGGCUGGCUCAUCCUGGGAGUCGGCUGGCUCAUCGAUGAUGAAGUCGACCGCUCCGUCGUCACUCCUGCCCCUUAUCGUGAUCAGCACGUCCCGGCUCAGUCUCCAACAGUUGAAGAUAAUAUGAUCGUUUUCAGCUCAAAGGGUAAAGAGAGCGCUGACCGUCCGAGUCGCUCUCCAACUGCGCACGACCCUUCUGAUCCUGACGGCCGUGUUCAAACCGCCCCCUCCGUCGCAUCGUCAGUCACCGACUCCACUGAUUACUCGACUGUACUGCGCACCCCUGGAGAAGGUUCGGGCGAUAGGGCCAGCGAUGAAAACACCAUCAAGCUUAUGUACGACCUCAUCAUGACACUUCUGCAGCUCUACCGGCACGGCCACAUUCAACGUCACGAUCCAGUCGCUCUUCCACCAAUCUCUUUCUCGCAGUUACCCCAAGCGCUCCGACCUCAUGGGGAUAAAGAGAAAGGACGCAAUGUUUGGUAUUUGGGAGGUGUUGUAGCCGCUCGCGUGCUCGAGUUGCCGCUUCUGCACAUUACCACUCUCAGCACCGAGUCACGCCAGAAGCGCGACGGAGUCAUUAUCAUGGCUCAAUACAUCUUGGGAGCAACGUCUUCUCCGCGGGUGGCCGAGGAGUGCUUCAAGAACAUAGUCAAGCAAGGUCCCUGCGGUCUCCCCAUUCCGGACGACCUCAUCCGCCAAGCCCUCCGCCGUGUUAACAUCAUGAUCAAGAGCGCUGGUGGAACUCCUAUGACGCAGGCGGAAAUGGACGCUUACCCCUUCCCCUCUGGCCGUGCGCACCGAGCGUCCGUAUCGUCGGCGGGCGCAGAGAGCUUCGCCCAGUCUUCGCUGAAGCUGAUGACUCCCGUCAAGUCGUCUGCCUCACUCACCUCUCUAAGUUGUGACACCCCGCUCAUCGACAACCCUCACGAUUCAAGCGCCAUCAAUGCCUUACGGCGCGUCCAACGAAGACAGGACAAGCUGCGGCGCAACCUGAGUACAAAUUCAGCCCCUGAUGCUGGUCGAUGGCCCGGUCUGAACCGCAGUGCGUCGCGGGUUACUGUUCCCUCGUCGCAGAAGAAGUUGUCUGCCCCUCCCAGUCCGGUGGAGACAAAGAAAACUCGUUCCCCAUCCGUCGUUUCCACUCCGGAGAUGCGUCGCCCAUCUUCGACAUCCCCUCUUGGGAGACGCCGGCUGCCAUUCGAACCCACUGAGGCAGUUGCCUCUAUCGAUCCUGAGCUAGCUGCGCUUGAACUUUCCAGUGCUCUUACAAAGCAUGUCACCUGCAGUGUUUGUGGAGCCGAUGGCGUUAACUUCCCCAACUGUCGCAAGUGCGGACUGACAUUCUGCUCGCGCCCGUGCAGAAUUGACGGCGCUGGCAAUGGAAAACGUCACAUCUGUGGUGCGUUCGAAUCACUCUUCUUAGGACUGAAAGUGCUUUUAAUCCUUACCGGUUUGCUGCUCAAGACCGCGGGCUACAAAGUCACUUCCAUCAAGAUCGAUCCGUAUAUGAACAUUGACGCAGGAACCAUGGCUCCCACCGAGCAUGGUGAAGUCUACGUGCUCAACGACGGUGGAGAGACUGAUCUCGACUUGGGCAACUAUGAGCGUUAUCUUGAUGUCUCCCUCGGCAAGGACAACAAUAUCACCACCGGCAAGGUUUAUCAGCAUGUCAUCGAGCGCGAGCGUCGGGGAGAUUACCUCGGAAAGACCGUUCAGAUUGUCCCCCAUCUCACCAACGCCAUCCAGGAGUGGGUUGAACGCGUCUCGAAAAUGUCGGCCGAUGAGACCGGUGAGGAGCCAGACGUCUGCAUUAUCGAGCUCGGAGGAACGGUUGGCGAUAUCGAGUCGGCUCCAUUUGUUGAGGCCAUGCGCCAGUUCCAGUUCCGCGUUGGCCACGACAACUUUGCUCUCAUUUACGUCUCCCUCAUUCCAUACCUGGGCGGUGAGCAGAAGACGAAGCCGACUCAGGCUGGUAUUCGCGACCUGCGUGGCCUCGGUCUGGUUCCCGACUUUGUCCCCCUUCUCCCGGCAACCACUGAGAAGAUUUCGAUGUUCUGUCAUGUUUCCCCUCAGCAGGUUCUCGGCGUCCACAAUGUUUCCUCCACCUACCAUGUCCCUCUUCUCCUCCGCGAGCAGGGACUCAUCCAGCUCCUGCAGAAGCGUCUCGCUCUUACCAGCAUUGACGUUUCGCCAAAGCUCAAGGCCAAGGGAGAAGAUCUCUACCAGCGAUGGCGCGACAUGACUGUAGGAUCGGAGCGUUUCUUCGACACUGUCCCCAUCGUCCUCGUCGGAAAGUACACUACCCUCGAGGAUUCAUACAUGAGCGUCGUUAAGGCUUUGGAACAUGCGUCCAUGCGCGUUGGCCGCAAGCUCAAACUCAGCUGGGUUGACUCUUCCUCGCUCGAGCCGGAGAUGGAGACGGAGGAUCCCGUUCGUUACCACAACGCGUGGCGCGACCUCUGCUCUGCCAAGGGUAUCAUUGUCCCUGGCGGCUUCGGUAUCCGUGGCACUGAGGGCAUGAUCAUCGCCGCGAAGUGGGCCCGUGAACAGAACGUCCCCUUCCUCGGCAUUUGCCUUGGAUUCCAAGUUGCUGUGAUCGAGUGGGCUCGUAAUGUUAUUGGCUUGGAGAACGCGCACUCUGCGGAGCUCGUCAAGGACACCCCCCACCCUGUCAUCUGCUUCAUGCCUGAGAUCUCAAAGACGCACAUGGGCGGAACCAUGCGUCUCGGUCUCCGUCCUACCGUCUUUGAGCCCAACACGGAGAACACCAAGCUUCGCCGUCUGUAUGGCUCCAAGAACGUUGCCUGGGAGCGCCACCGUCACCGUUACGAGGUGGAGCCCAGGUAUGUUGAGCAGUUGGAGUCCAAGGGUGGACUUCGUUUUACUGGAAAGGAUGAGCGCGGGGAGCGCAUGCAAAUGCUUGAGCUCGAUGGUCACCCAUACUUCGUUGGACUGCAAGCCCAUCCUGAGUUCUGCUCGCGUCCCCUCAACCCCUCUCCUCCCUUCCUUGGCCUGAUUGCAGCGGCGUGUGGUCAGGAUGUUCUCCAGGAGCAGCUCGCUGCCAAUGAGAACGGCGGGUACAUGGACCCCCACCCCGAGAGCGCGAAGGUCGUGCCUGCCAGCGUUGCUGCUACGGAGGGCGCCAAAGGUCGCAAGCAGUCUGUCGAGGGUAUCCGAGUCACUUGCGAGGAUGCUGACGAUCUUGCUGAUGGCAUUGAGGGCGUUAAGGUCGUCGCUUAG